CUUUUCGAGCAUGCGUCGGGGUAUGGCAUUUUAUCCACCAAAAUGCAUGAACUUGACGAGAUUCUCGCCAAUUUGAAGAGUGUGUCUGUUGACUAUGAAACAUUCUCAAAAACGUUCGAGCUUAACUAUAGUCCCUUUAAGUCGGCUCAAGUUGCUAUUGAUAACUGCUUCCAAAUUUCCGAGGGUCUCGCUCACAAAGAUCUAAAGAAGUUUCUUAAGAAAACACUAAAUGAUGGGAAUCCUUAUGUACUCUACGUCUCGGAGUACAAACUUGGUGAUGAUUUGAAAAAUUUUGUGGAUGCCAGUCUUUCAAAUGUCACUAUCUCAACCGAAUCAGUUUUCCGCCAAAUAAGGCGUUAUUUCCCACAGUAUAUUGAAUCAUUAUCUGCAUUUGCUGAGACUAAAGCUCACAUUGGUCUGGGUCACAACUACUCCCGAUAUAAAGUUUUGUACAAUGUUAACAGGUUUGACAAUCUGGUCAUGCAUACAAUUAGCCUUCUUGAUCAAAUGGACAAGGAUAUCAAUACCUUUUCCAUGCGUAUCAAGGAAUGGUUUUCUUAUCACUUUCCGGAACUUGCUAAAAUUGUACCUGAAUGCUCCAAUUUCAUCAAAAUUGCUAGCAUUAUUCGUAGUCGUGAAAGUAUCGAUGAAGAGGCAAUUGGAAAGGUGGAAGAAAUCAUUGGAGACCAUGAAAAAGCCGAAGCAAUUGUUGCAGCUGCCAAAUCAUCAAUGGGCUUGGAUGUCACUGAGCAAGAUAUAGAAAACCUUGCCUACCUUACAGAAGGAAUUAAAACCUUCUCUGAACGACGAGCAGCAACGUACGCUUAUCUUACUGAUAAGCUAUCCGUUGUCGCUCCAAACCUAAAUGCUCUGGUUGGAAGUCAGGUGGCAGCUCGUUUGAUGACACAGGCAGGUUCUCUCACCAAACUUGCUAAAUGUCCCGCAUCAACUAUUCAAAUUCUCGGAGCUGAGAAGGCUCUAUUUCGAGCUCUUCGAACUCGUGGCCGUACACCGAAGUACGGUCUGCUCUUCCACAGUUCUUUCAUUGGAAAGGCUUCGUCAGAGAACAAGGGCCGCAUCUCCCGCUUUUUGGCUGCUAAGUGUGCGAUCGCUUCGAGGAUUGAUUGUUUUAGUGAUGAGCCUUGCGAUGUAUUUGGAAAUACCUUUAAGAAACAGGUUGAGGAACGACUGAAGUACUUUGAAACGGGCGCUCUCCCUAAAACCAACGCUGAAGCUAUGCAAGAAGCUCUGAAGGAGGUAAGUAUUUCUACUUCAUUAAGGUCUGUUGUUCUGGGUUGUAUUUACCAGUGCCCUCUUUUCAGGCUGAAAUAG